CCCCAAACGGCGCCGGGCUCCAGGAGAGUGAACCCCAUUUCGAAUCCCUUCAGGGACGACGCUCCUCCCUCUUUAUUCCUGUUUCCCUGUCCGUACGGCGAAACACCUCGCCUCGCUCAGGGCGCCCCAAAGGUUGACUUGUGAGGGGGGGAGGGUCCUCGCUUUCGGCCUCACCCCCCGCCGCCCCGAUCCGAGGGCCCAGGCCCCAGGUCCCUGCCUCCCGGCCCAGCCCGCUCCCUAGUGCGGGGUGCUUGGGAACGCGAUCCCCCGUCCCCUUGCCGGCCUGAGGGUCGAUAUUUCCGGCGGCACCGGAGUCCCCACCCCCAGCCCCCCGCCGUCAUCAGCCCUCUAUUCCGGGGCCGGAACGAUCGUGCCAGAGCCCACGUUUCCCAGCCGGCGGGGUGAGGAGAGCGCGGGGGCGAGCUAGGAAACGGAAGGGGACGAGCUCUGAGCGCGGCGUUUUGGGAACGCGAGGCAUUCUGGGAGCGCGGGACCGCCAUUCGCUCGCCUCACGCUUUCGCAGUCUCCUGAGUCGCCGCCACCACACCGUGAGGGAAGAGGAGGCCGGAGCCGAGCUCGCUUCCUGCCAAGAUGUCGAUCGGCGUGCCCAUCAAAGUCCUGCACGAAGCCGAGGGCCACAUCGUGACGUGCGAGACCAACACGGGCGAGGUGUACCGCGGGAAGCUCAUCGAGGCGGAGGACAACAUGAACUGCCAGAUGUCCAACAUCACCGUCACAUACAGAGAUGGCCGAGUGGCCCAGCUGGAGCAGGUGUACAUCCGUGGGAGCAAGAUCCGCUUUCUGAUUCUGCCUGACAUGCUGAAAAACGCGCCCAUGUUAAAGAGCAUGAAAAAUAAAAACCAAGGCUCGGGGGCCGGCCGGGGAAAAGCUGCUAUUCUCAAGGCCCAAGUGGCCGCGAGAGGAAGAGGACGUGGGAUGGGACGCGGGAACAUCUUCCAGAAGCGAAGAUAAAGGUCUGCGGCCCAGAACUUCCCUUACUCGUGUAGGGCCUCUGGGUUCGGGGGUGUGUGCUCUGUGUAUGGUCCUCGCUGUUCUUUGGACAUCUUUCUUUUUAGGUCAGGAGAAAUGUUCAACUAAAUAAAUGUGGUGGCUGUUUUCUUUUUGUGAAAA